ACCUUCUCCAAAAACAUGGCUGCUCCCAUGGCUCUCAGACGAGAAUUAUCUCUUGGAAGAGUUCUUAGCAGAGUCUCACAUUUGGGACCGAGAGCUUUGGGUGCCUGUUCACCUCACAUAAAAUGCUAUAAAAUAAGGUCUCUUCUACCAUUAGCACCCAGCACUUCCUUCCACACAGCUACAGUGCUUCCAUCAACACCUUCACCAAUCACUGUCACAGAAGAGCCUGACUCACUGUUUCAGAGGGUGUCGGUGCUGGUCAAAGGUCAUGACAGAGCCGUGUUGGACAGCUAUGAGAUAUUCGCCACCAUGGCAGCCAAUGAGCUGGGCAUCACCCAAAACAAAGUUUACGAACCUCCCAAGGACAUGGAGAGAUUGACGCUCCUGAAGUCGAUUCACAUCUUCAAAAAUCACAGAGUCCAGUAUGAGAUGAGGACGCACUACCGGUGCAUCGAGCUGUCUCAUAUAACUGGCUGCACAGCACAGGUUUACCUUGAAUACAUCCAGAGGAACCUCCCUGAAGGUGUAGCCAUGGAGGUGACAAAGACAGCCAUGGAGAAGGUUCCAGAUCACAUCAAAGAACCCAUGUGGGAGGAACAACCCGUUGAUGACAAGCCCAGCCAGUGAAAACGUUGAUUGAAUUACUGGAUGUUUUCUCAGAAUUUAAUGUUAACAACUGCAAUAUUAACGUGUGGUUUUCAUGGAUUCUUAAAACUGCUCAGCAUAACGUUUUCAGCAAUAUCCUCAAUAUAGAGUUUAACACCAGAACUGGCAUUCAUUACGUCAACAUGCAACAGUCAUUAUCUACUGUCAGUUGUGUUUUCAUUGUUGUUCUGUUGCAAAACAGUGUGGAAUUACUUAUGUUUUUUCAAUAAAUACAUUAUUUAACAGA